AUGGCCUCUGACGAAGAAAAUUCAAGUGCCAUUGAUCAGAAGUCCGCUGAAUUAGACGAAAAUGCUGAUUCGCCCUCUAUGCAAGCCUAUCUGAAGUUCUUGAAUUCAUGUCUCUCUGGAGGUGGUGCAACUCUUAUCGAUUCAUCAAUCGAACGCCUUUCGUCAGAAUCCCGUUCUUCUCCGUGCAUGCUUGGAAUUGAUGAAGCCGGAAGAGGACCUGUCCUUGGUCCAAUGUUGUAUGCCUGUGCGAUUGCACCAGUGAGCAGGAAUGCUUCCUUAAAGGAAAUGGGCCUAACUGAUUCCAAACAGUUGACAGAGGUGAAGCGUGAAGAUUUGCUCAAAGAGAUGCUUAAGGAAUCCGAUUGGGUUGCUUAUACCAUUCACGCUAUUUCACCCAUGGAGAUUACUGAAAAGAUGCUUAGCAGCCAGAAAAUCAGCCUCAACGUCAUCUCACAAAACUCGGCGAUUGGUCUCAUAAGAUCUGCUUUGGAUCAGGGGGUUAAUUUGAAAGAGGUUUAUGUUGACACCGUUGGCAAAGCCGAAAUAUAUCAGAAGUACUUGAGUUCGAUCUUCCCUCACUUGAAAAUUGUCGUUGAAAGCAAAGCUGAUGCAACCUACCCAAUAGUCAGUGCUGCGUCCAUCUUUGCAAAGGUUUGUAUUAACAUUUUAGCAUUUGUUUUAAAAAAAUCUACUUGGUGA